AUGAGACAAGUAUUUGCUAGAAAUGGAGUACCUGCUCAUAUUGUAUCGGAUAAUGGACCAAGUUUUGCAUCCGCAGAAUUCGCAGAAUUCUUGAGACAAAAUGGAAUAAAACACACGAAGUCAGCACCCUAUCAUUCAGCAACAAAUGGACUUGUUGAGAGAUUUAUUCAAACAUUUAAACAGUCAAUGAAAGCAAUGAAAUGGGAAUCUGGUGAUGUAAACAAAAAGAUCGCAAACUUCUUGCUGACGUAUCGCCAGACACCACACACUAGCACCCACGAAACACCAUCAAAACUGUUUCUAGGAAGGGACUUAAGAUCUAGACUUCAUUUGUUAAAACCAAACUUACGAAACACCGUUAGAGUGAGCCAGGAAAAAUCUUGCGAAAUAAGAAUGAAUAAGAAGGAUAGACAAUUUGAAGUAGGCGAAAGAGUUAUUGCAAAGGACUAUAGAGGAAAAGAUCCGUGGGUAGCAGGAAUUAUAAGCGAGCGUGAAGGACCACUCAUGUAUAAAGUUUCAACCGACAACGGACACACAUGGAGAAGGCAUACAGAACAAUUAAAGUCUACUCAAAUGCCAAAAUCGUAUGAACAAUCAAUCGAAAACGAUAACAUUAUAGUUGACAAUACGGAGACACGCACACAACAACAUGUGGCCGAAAAAUCACCGGAACAAACCAAAAACAAUGAAAUGUCAAUGCCGCGACGAAAUCCAAUAAGAGAACGAAAUCCACCAAAAAGAUUAAUUGCCGAAAUGGAAUAG